UGUGUGCGUUUCGCGAUUGUGAAGUUGUUUGUCGGUAAAUAUUCGUAUUUACUGACUAAAAGUGUAGUGCUUUAAUAGUUUUUAAAACUUCAAGCUUUGUGUUUGAUGCUAAAUUGGUAUUCCUAACACUUAUUAUGUGACAUUCUAUCAGAUGUGUGUGAAGUGUGUAAACUCAGACGUUUCGUAUUGGAUUAUAUAAAGGAUACCGAGAGGAGUGACGUCAUGAUCUAUUUGCGACGCAGACAAUAAAGGUGGCAGGAUGGACGGGCUGCGCGCGCUGGACGUCGCCGCGCUGCUCCAGGAGCGAGUGGCGGUGCUGAGUGGAGGCAGGGACCGCAGAGGAGGUCCCGUGCUGUCCUUUCCCGCCACUCCUCGCCGUGAGCGCGCCAAACCUGAGGACUACCGUCGUCUGCUGCAGUACCUGCUGGCAAUACCACCGGAGGAUGUGCGAGAGAUCGGGUUCACAGUGGUGAUUGACAUGAGAGGAGCGACCUGGUCCACUGUCAAGCCUAUCCUGAAAGUCCUGCAGGAACAUUUCCCGGGGUCCGUCCACGUCGCGUACAUCAUCAAACCCGACAACUUCUGGCAGAAGCAGCGCACAUCACUGGGCAGUCACAAGUACAAGUUUGAGACCAACAUGAUCAGCCUGGAAGCUCUGCCCAAGAUCAUCGACACAACACAACUGACGUCAGAUUUAGAGGGAACCCUGCAUUACGAUCACAGUCAGUGGAUCGAGAUGAGACUGGCUCUGGAGGACUUUACAUGGCAGGCAGCUGAUCUGUUAGAUCGUCUAGAUGAUCUGCAAGAAGACCUGAGCCGCAACGAUCUAGGUGAUGAUGUGGCUGGGGCCAAACAUGCGCUUGACCUUCACAACGAUAUGAAAAAGAAGAUCAUGAAGGCACCUGUGCAAGACAUUGAUGUGGCGGGCCAGCGUCUGCUGCAGAGGUUGUCUGGAGACAGCAACAGUGGCUAUGACAGUGGGUACUCAGGCAGAGACAGUGAGGCCAGCUCUACAGUGUCCAAUCCUGACCUACAGGCUGCCGUACCUCAGAUUCUGCACAAUCUCGAAGCCAUCCGAACCUCAAAAAACCACCUGCUCCAACUUUGGCACCAUAAAAAGCUGAAGUUGGACCAGUGCUUUCAGUUGAGGUUGUUUGAACAAGACUGUGAAAAGAUGUUUGACUGGAUCUGUCACAACCGAGAUGUGUUCCUCAUGAACUACGUAGAGAUCGGCCACUCAUACCAGCUCGCCAAGGAACUACAGGAGGAGCAUAACCACUUCACCAUGAGCUCCAUGAAUGUGUACGUGAACAUCAACCGUAUCCUGGCCGUUGCAUCGCGUAUGAUGGAGACGGGUCAUUAUGCGGCUGCUCACAUCCGAGCGGUGGCUGCUCGGCUCGACCGAGCGUGGAAAGAGUUUGCGGCCGGACUAGACGAGCGGACGGCUGUACUGGCUUUGUCCACUCUGUUUCAUCACAAAGCUGAACAAUAUGUAGAAAAUGUGCCUAAUUGGAGUCAAGCGUGUGAAAACAUGGCAAUUCCAAGUGAAAUUAUCGUCUUAGAAACUGUGAUACAUCAACACCAAAACCUUUACGAGUCUAUGUGUCAGGCGUACACUGAGGUUUACAACGCUUACCAGUCUCUGCUGAAUGGGUUGGAUCUGUUAGUCCAAGUCUGUAUCAACUUUCCUCAGCCGCCGAGCAAUCCACCGUACAUCCGCUACGGAAACAACAAGCUGGCCUCCGCUAAUGGCGAGAGUGGACAGUCGGACUCGUCGUCGGGUAGUCGCCAGGGUGGCAACCCUGCAGCUGACUACUCGGAGGGUGCCAGUCACGUGCUGGCCGUCAUACAUCAGAUCCUCAACCAUCACCGCAGUCUAGAGCAUCGCUGGCACUCCAAGAAGAUCAAACUGCAUCAGAGACUUGCGCUUAGGCUGUUCCAGGAGGACGUCAAACAGGUGCUGGAUUGGCUAGCAAACCAUGGUGAAGUUUUCCUAAGAAAAAACACUGGAGUCGGAAGGAACCUGCAGAAGGCAAGAGUCUACCAGAAAAGUCACGAACACUUUGAAAACGUUGCUCAGAACACAUACACGAAUGCGGAGAAGCUGCUGACUGCCGCUGAGGAGCUCGCGCAGACCGGCGAGUGUAACGCUGACGAGAUCUACUCUGUAGCUCACGAGCUCGAGAGUCACGUGACCUCGUUUGCGGCUCGUGUGGAACAGCGGCGGCGGAGGUUGGAUCUCGCUGUGCACUUCUACACUCAGGAAAAGGAGCUCGACCAUUGGCUAGAGGAGCUGCGCCAGGACGGCUGCGAUGAAGCGCCAGACACUCUGGAGGCGGCCGAGCGGCAGCUAGAGGAGUGUGCUAGACAGAGGGACUCUUGUCUGGACGCCUCCGUCACUACCAUCAGUCAGGGCGACACCUUGCUGCAGGAGUUGAGGAGUAUCGGACUGACACAAGAGAUGGACUCUACAGGCUCAGUGGCUGCAGUAGAAUCUGCUCUGGACAGACUCAACAAACAGAGAGAGGAGCUGGAAGAGUUAUGGGCCACUCGCAAACUCAGGCUGGACCUGUGUCUCAGGUUGCGGCUGUUCGAGAGGGAUGCUUUAGAGGUGUCCUCCAGGCUGGAACUGUGGGCCUCUGAGCUGGAGCACUGUGACCUCACCAAUGACAUGCAGAAGGCCGAGACAAUGCUGAGGCUACACAAUGAGAGCAUCACGCACAUGCAGAACACUACCUUCCAAGUGCUGCAGCAGGGACAGGAACUGGCUCAGGUGUUUGAGACCAGCGGAGUGUCUCUGAUGGCAGACAGUCAGUACAGUGCCCAGACCAGGGUACAGGUGCUGCUAGAGUUCCUACAUGAGAGAGAGAUGGACUUGGAGGACCUUGCGGAGAUGAAGAGAGUCAAGCUGGAGCAGUGUGUGCAGUUGUGUCAGUUCAGAGCCGACGCCAACCAGGUCGUCAGCUGGAUUCGCAAUGGUGAGGCGAUGUUGAUGGCCAGUUUCACAGUUCCCAGCUGUUUACCGGAAGCGGAACAGCUGAAAAAAGAACACGAACAGUUCCAAGUGGCCAUUGAGAAGACGCACACGUCAGCAGUGCAAGUGAAGCACAGAGCGGAGGCGUUAGUCAACGCCAAUCACUACGACCCAGCUGGUAUCAGGGACAUCAGUGAGGAGGUGACCAAACGGUGGCAACAGCUGGUCACUUGCGCUGAGGAAAGACACAAACUCGUUACUGCCAGCCUCAACUUCUACAAGACUGCCGAACAGGUGUGCAGUGUGCUGGAUAGCCUAGAGAGGGAGUACAAGAGAGACGAGGACUGGUGCGGAGGCGGUGCCAGCAGUGGAGUGAACAUCGGACAGCUGGUCAACAAACACCAGGAGCAGAAGGAGGCGUUCCUGAAGGCGUGCACGCUGGCGCGCCGCACUGCAGAGACGUUCCUCAAGUACACCAACCGAAGUCUGCAGUACUACAAUUACAGCGGGUCCGAGGCCAGCUCAGAGACAAGAGUCAAAGCAAUCACAGACAAGCUGCUGAGCCAGGAGAAUCGAGUGCUGGAACACUGGAGCGAGCGCAAGAAGCGGCUGGACCAAUGUCAGCAGUUUGUGCUGUUUGAGCGCUCGGCGCAGCAAGCCAUGGAGUGGAUACAUGAGACUGGUGAACAUUACCUGUCCACGCACACAAGCGUCGGUGCAACCCAGGAUGAGACAGAGUCGCUGCUCGUAGAACACAAUGAGUUCAAGGCGUCGGCGAAGGAGACGAGAGAGCGAGUGAAGCUGCUGAUACAGCUGGCCGAUAGUCUGGUGGAGAAGGGUCAUGCUCACGCAGCGGCCAUCAAACAAUGGGUGGCUGCGGUGGACAACCGGUACAAAGACUUCAGCUGCCGCAUGGACAAGUACAGAUCGCAGUUAGAAGGAACAUUGGGAAUCCAGGCUGAAGCAGAAAGUAGACAAGAGCUUUCAAUCGAUAGAAAUUCAGACCCUUCGCUUGAAUCCAAAGUGAAAGACUCAACCAAAGAUCUCAAAGAGUUGAAUGAAGAAAAGAGAAGAUCUGCAAGAAGAAAAGAAUUUAUAAUGGCCGAACUGCUACAAACCGAACGAACGUACGUGAAAGACUUAGACAUCUGCAUCAAGGUGUUUCUGGAGGAGAUGAGAGGUCACAGCAAUGUUCCUCCGGGCAUUCUGGGCAAGGAACACAUCAUCUUUGGCAACAUCGAGGACAUCCGGGACUUCCACCGGGAUGUGUUUCUGAAGGAGCUCGAGAAGUACGAGACGAUGCCAGAAGAUGUGGGACAUUGUUUUGUUACCUGGGCUCUCAAGUUCGACAUGUACGUCAAGUACUGCAAGAACAAGCCCGAGUCCAACUCACUGCUGGUGCAGCACGGAGGCACGAUAUUUGAAGAGUUGCAGAAGAAACAUCGAGUUGAACAUCCGAUAGCUGCCUAUCUGAUCAAACCUGUCCAGAGGAUAACCAAGUACCAGCUGUUGCUUAAAGAUCUUCAGUCCUGCUGUGAUGAAGGCCAGGGGGAAAUAAAGGAUGGGCUAGAAGUGAUGCUGAAUGUCCCCAAGAAAGCCAACGACGCACUUCAUCUAUCUCUCCUGGAAGGCUGUGAUAUUAGUUCGGACGAGUUGGGAGAAGUGAUACUACAGGACACUCUGCAUGUUUGGGACCCUAAACAGCUGAUCAGGAAAGGCAGGGAGAGGCAUUGCUUCCUCUUUGAACUGUACUUGGUGUUCAGUAAGGAAGUGAAGGACUCCAGUGGGAAAGCGAAGUACAUCUACAAGAAUAAACUUAUGACCUCUGAGUUGGGAGUGACGGAACACAUAGAAGGAGACGAGUGCAAGUUUGCCGUGUGGACUGGACGAGCACCCAUAUCAGACUUCCGAAUCGUCCUUAAGGCUUCUUCUCUGGAGAGCAAACAACACUGGGUGAAGAAGUUGAGAGAAGUCAUACAAGAGACCUACUUCAGCUCAGCCCUCCCUCUCAGUCUGCCAAAGAGUCCUGCCAAACUGAAGGGAAGCAGCCAGCGAUCCAGCAGAGACCUGGAGGACUCGGCCUCACUGGACGAGAGUGUAGAGAACCUUGAUAGAGGGUCUUUGGCAUCGUUUGGCUCCGGCAACACCACGGACUCUGACAAGACUGGCGGUGUGGAGAUGACAUGGGUGAUCGCCGACCACGUGGCGGCGGGCUCCGCCGAGCUGUCAGUGUCCAAGGGACAACAGGUGGAGGUUGUGGAGGUACGACCUGGAGACCCAGAGUGGUGCCUGGUCAGGAUGCCAACUUCUGGAAGUGCCGUGGACUCGCCGCCGGAGGGGUUGGUACCCCUGGCUGUGCUGAAGCAGCCGCCCCCUGGGUUCCCCAAGACCGCUCCAUCUACAUCCCCCAACAGACGGACGGCCGACCACGAACUCGAGCCGGGACCAAGUGAGAGUGGAAGUGCAGUUACCACCAAUUCUCCCGUGAACAAAAGAAGAGUUUUUAGCGGGAGGAAAUGGCUUCCCCCUCCCCUCCGAAAGCUCAGUGGGGGAAAAGUGGAGAAGAACACGGCUCCAGAACGAACUCCCCUCAAGAAGACACCUUCAGAUAAAAGGAUAAAGUCGCCGGCAGGUGAGAUGGGUAACAAGCAAGGAGGCUCGGUAGGAGUCGGGCUGGAGGAGGAGAGUGGAAGGGACCAGAAUGGGGAGGAGGGAGAGGAAGAAGUAGAGUUGCCGCCACCGAUGAAACCCAUCAACGAACCCAUCUUGGUACCCUCGGACGAGUCUCAAGGCCAGCGAUCUUCAAACCUGUCAUUGGAAGGUGCAACUUCGGCAGAUCUGGCUGAGAUUGAACAAAUCGUCAAAGAGAGAAUGGAGCAACAUAGCGAGAAGCAGUCGAAGUUGUCAGUUUCCGAUGGAGGGGAGGGGGAAGAAGAGUCGGCGCUACAGAAGCGAGAGUAUGUGAUACGCGAGCUGGUGGAGACGGAGCGAGACUACGUACGUGACCUGCGCAUGGUGGUGGAUGGCUACAUAGCGCUCAUGCGCGACCCUGACUGUGAUAUACCCUUGCCUGAGGACCUUAGAGGAGGCAAGGACAAGAUGGUGUUCGGAAACCUAGAGGCUAUCUACGAGUGGCAUAGAGAUUCCUUCCUGAAAGGGCUGGAGCGUUGUAUUCAGUAUCCUGAAGAGCUCGGGCCUCUGUUCAAGAGGUAUGAGAGGAAACUUCUGAUGUACGUCGUCUACUGUCAGAACAAACCUGUGUCCGAGUACAUCGUCUCAGAGUACAUCGACACCUACUUUGAGGAGCUGAGACAAAAGCUGGGUCACAAACUACAGCUGUGCGACCUGCUGAUCAAACCCGUCCAGAGGAUAAUGAAGUACCAGCUGUUACUGAGGGAUUUGUACAAAUACACGGAGAGAGCUCACCUCACUACGGAGAUGGAAACUUUACGACAGGCGACCCACGUCAUGCAGGUCGUGCCCAAGGCAGCCAACGACAUGAUGGACGUCGGCCGGCUGCAAGGCUUCGACGGAAAGAUCACGGCCCAGGGCAAGUUGCUGCUGCACGGGCCACUGGUUUGUUGUGAAGGCACGUCAGCCGCCAGUUUCAAGGGCAAGGACCUUGUAGUGUUCCUGUUUGAACAGAACAUCAUAUUCAGCGAGGCUGUCGGCAAGAAAACUCAGUUCACCAACCCUGUAUAUAUCUACAAAAACCACAUUCAGGUGAACAAAAUGAGUUUGGACGAGAAGGUAGAGGGUCGGGAAGAAAGGGAGAGGGAAAAGGACUGCAGCGUGGAGCCGUUCUGUGUGCGAAGUACGGACCCGCGCAAGCCGUCGUUGGCGUACGUCUGUCAACCACCGACAGGCGAGUCGCGCGCCGAGUGGCUACACAACUUGCGCACGAUACUGCAGACGCAACGCGACUUCCUCAAGGCCAUACAGUCGCCAAUCGCGUAUCAGAAGGAGCUCGGUCGAGACCCUUUUUCUCUCAGCCCCCCGAUGCGUCCCCCGAGCCCCCCUUCCCUGGACGAGUGUCCCGUCAUUGUCAGCGAACCUCUCUCGUCCAAAACAAAACACCAAAGCAACUUUCUGGAGGGCUUUCGCAACACGCUGAGGCGUGCAAAGAGCGAAGCACCUGAAGUUGAAAGUAACUUUAGUCUGGCCAGGCGAUGGUCCGAUGCGCACUCGUGCGACGGUGGAAGUGACUUAGUGCGCGUGGUCGAUCGGCAGACUGUGCUAGUGCGAAGCGACGACGCCACACUGCAGCUGUGCGACCACGAGACAGGCCAGUGGCGGACGACAGAGACAAUGCAUAGCCCCGACGGACGAGUUGUGACUGGUCUGAGCGCUGGUCACACCUACAGCUUCAGACUGGGCGACAGAUGUGCUUGUGUCACCAUUCCACAUGAGACUAGGUGGCAGCAGGAGCAGUUCGAACGGAGAUACCAGCAGCUACAUGUUAUUGGUCGAGGCAGAACUGCGGUAGUACGGAAGGCACGGGACCGAGGCACGGACCAGCGAGUGGCACUCAAGCAAGUCGAGCGCCGUCGAGUGCCCCAGCUGGUCACCAGGGCGGAGUACAACCACCUGGUUGCACUCAACCAUCCAAGCCUCAUACAUGGGCUGGCGUUGUUUGAGAACGCACCUUCACUGGGCCUAGACACCAUUGUCAUGGAGUUAGUGGAAGGUAAGGAUGUACUGAGUCACAUGUGUUCUGUGACCUCUGUUUCGGAAGGUCACAUACGUGACAUCACACACCAACUGCUCUCUGCCUUGGAGUACCUUCAGAGGCUUCAGAUUGUCCAUUGUGAUAUUAAGCCUGAAAACCUGCUGGUGGAAAGUCAUGGAAGUCAGUUCCAACUGAAAGUAGUUGACUUUGGCUCCGCUCGAACUCUCGGCCUGGCUCCACCACAAGUCCCCGAUCUGGAGUUUGCUGCUCCGGAGCUUCUAAUGGAGCCACCUAGCAUCUCUCUCGCCACGGACGUGUGGAGCUGUGCCGUCUUGAUUUACGUUUUGAUCAGUGGAGUGUCCCCGUUCCUGGACGACAGUCCGGAGGAGACUACGGCUAACAUAUUGAAAGCAGACUUCAGCUUCCUCCCGGAGCUGUUCCCUUCCAGCUCCGGAGAUGUGCAGCAGUUCCUGUCUAGUCUCCUGGUGCGGGAUGUCGUCUCAAGACCCUCCGCACAAACGGCCCUCUCCCUCCCAUGGCUGCAGACGGUGACGUCGAGUUUCAACAUCUGUCCAUCUCGCCUCGCAACAUUUAUAACAAGAAGAAAACCGCCUUGCUUGAGUCAAGAUACCAUUUAAGCAUUUCCAUUCGCCUCCAAUACAUUUUUUUAAUUAAUGUGAAUAAUUGUAUGUAUGUAAAAUUGUGUACAUUUAAUUUAAUUAUAAAUCCAAAGAAUUU